AUGUCCGAUAGUGACACCACCGAAUCUCCUCCAAACAAACGCCUCCGCCUGAAUACCGAGUCAGAAUGUAGCGAGAGCAGCACCAGCUACUGUAGGAGGAGCAGGACAGCGAGCCCUACAAGACACCUUGUCCUGUUCCAGGCUAACCAUGUCAUCGACCGGCAGUCUUUCACUGGCGAGAAACAACGUCCUAAAAGGCUGGAUGACCUCGUGAACCUUAUCAAAAACGAUGCAAUUGGGAUGGGCAUCCUCACACAACCAGACUGGCACUCCAUACGAGCCUAUUCCGAACAACACCCAGACGAGCGCGUUCUUCUCUCAGACUUACUCAACACCCAAAGACUCAUUGACACGACCGGCGAGCGUACGAACCUCGGGGUAAUGCCUCCAAUUGCCGAUCUUGUGGAGAUCUGGAGAGAGGCCAAUACCUGCGAAGUCAACGGCCAUUCCGAGGCAGCAUGGAACAGCGAAGUUCACUCUCCUUUGCUGAAAGCCGCGCUUCGUUAUUCCGUUGUGAAUCAACCAGGUGACCCGAGGCCCGUCAAGAUUGCGCACACAAACAUGACCACGGCACAAAUCAUCGAAUGUUAUAGUCUUUACCAAAGAACUAAGCCAGAGAAGCGAGCCGACCGAGUCGACUUUUGCUUUUACUUGCAGCCCAAGUCUCAGCCAACCAAAGGAGCUCUCUCGUCCGCAGCACAGAGGUCGGUCCAUGGCAGCAUCAAUCACACUGAUUAUAUUGCCCUACUCAACCGCCCUAUCAGCCUCAGCAUCAAGACGGAUCGGAAGGCAGGGCUAGAACAUAUGAGCGUCUGGCUUUCUGCACACUGGGACCGACUUGACGAGCUAGGUGCGGACAAGGAACGGCUUCUAGAGCGAGCAAUGUUUCUCCCUGGAAUCAUUGUCCAGGGGCAUACCUGGGCACUAGUAGCAGCAACACAAGGCGCUCUGCUACGAGACCGUGGGGAGACUAUCAUCUGGACUCAGAUCCCUAUCGGUUCAACCGAAGGGCUGCAAGGCAUUUGUCAGAUCAUCACAGUGCUGCAGCGACUAGCAGUAUGGUCCACGGAUACGUACUGGCCAUGGCUUGCUAACUUGACGCAUUGCCAAUGCAGCACGUGA